AUGUCCAUCCCGACUCAAACGAUCAAACAUGCUACUAUAGCAAGUAUGCAAGUUCCAGCCAUGGCCAUUGGUACGUGGUCAUGGGGUGAUAAGACCUGGGGAUACAAGCCUGAACAAUUACCUGCUAUCAAAGAAGCUUGGAAAACAUCUGUCAAAGCCGGUCUGACUUUUUACGAUACAGCAGAAGCGUACGGUAAUGGGGAAUCCGAGAAGAUCAUCGGACAGCUCAUCCAGGAGAGUUCUGAAGAAGAGAAGCAGAAACUGUUCAUUGCUACCAAAUUCCUACCAUUCCCUUUGCCACAUUCCUUAUACCUAUUUAAUCCCCCUGUCGUCGAGCGACUACAAGCUUCCUUGAAGAGAAUGGGCCUAUCUUCAGUCGAACUAUACCAAAUCCACUCUUCUAGCGGAUUAGGCUCCUUCGAAUCGCUAGCUAACGGUUUGGCUCAAUGCGUCAAAAUGGGAUUGUGCAAAGCUGUCGGAGUAUCUAAUUUCAGUAAAGAUGAACUAGCCAAGUUCUCAGAUUUAUUGGCGAAACACGAUAUCAAAUUGGCUUCUAACCAAAUCGAAUUUAACUUGCUUAGACAAGGUCCCGAGAAAAAUGGGUUAUUGGAAGAGAUGAAGAAGAGGGAUAUAGCUUGUUUGGCAUAUUCUCCUCUCGCCAUGGGUAGACUGACCGGGAAAUAUAAUGCUUCGAACCCAAUUCCAAGUGGUAGAAGAUUUAGCAACCAAUACACUUGGGAACAACUUGCCCCCCUGUUAGAAUAUAUGAAAACCCUCUCUGAGAAAUACGACGUAUCCAUCUCAGCGAUCGCUCUGAACUGGGUGAUUGCAAAAGGUGCUAUUCCACUUGGAGGAGCGAGGAACGCCAAACAGGCUGAACAAAACUCCAAGGCUUUGACAUUUGAGUUGACUCCUGAGGAGGUCAGAGGGUUAAGUGAAAAGGGUUUCGAUGGGAAGACAAACUGGUUCUGGCAACGCGGAUAG